AUGCUCGAUCGUCGAACAAACAGACUCGACGAAGACCCCUAUGAGACCGUGAUCGGCGACGAGAGGUCCCUGGAGUUCCUCGCGACGCCUAGAGACACGUACGACUCGCGAUCGGUGUCGAGGAUCGCCGAUUAUAGGAGGCGAUACGACGAGUUCGAAGGUCGCGAAUACACCGAGACCACGUUGACGGAGCCCGUCAGCGAACUGCACGACUACAACAGCAGCAGUGCGAACAGCCUCGACGAUCUCUGCCGCGGUCAUCAACGGAUGAUCGCCGAUUUCAAUCGUCCCGAGACGACCAACACCCACGAUCAUUACAUGGUGCCCACUCGCGAUCCACGCGAGCUGAACGAGAGAAUCCUGUCGCUCUUCAAUCCACAGUUCCUACCGAACUUCAACGACAUGAUCAUGUACGUGGCCAGCCAGGUCGACGCCAGGCGAAGCCCGCCCCCCAGGUCGCGAUCCAUGGCCGAAGGGGACGAUCGCUUCUUCAGGAGCUCCAGCUACCGCAAGAAACGCGUCGGGGCAAGCUCGAUGUUUUUCCGACGCGGAUUGACUUACGAGGCGGCGCACAAGUGACACCGGGUGUUCAUUCUCGGACUGAAGCAAAGGAUUCACGGCUGGAUCGACGGGGCAAAACUUGAGAGCGUCUCGUCGUCGGGAUGAACGAUCAAUGAAGAAAAUACCUGAUAAGGUCGACUCCUUGCGUCUGUUCAAGCGGAGUUUCACUGAUCCGUUGUAUAGGUAACCUCGACGGGACUCUCGUUGGCGCUUUAACGUACUAUGGUGUCUUCUAGUUUACACCAGCUGGCGUUGAUGUGUCUUUUUGUCAAAGAGAGUCGAGAAAAUCGACUCCCGGAAUCGAACGAUGACCGAAACGGGCGUCAAAGUGUCGAGAAGAUCAAGUGAACGGUAUACCUAGUGUCGGCGUUACGCAAACUCUCGGACGUGAUGUCUCCCCAAGGAAUACGGGAUCUCUUUUUCGUCGUAGUUCGUCGCGGAGAACGAGCCUGCUUCCCACGAACAGAGACACACACGAACGUUGAAUUAUUUUUUUAAACAAUGCUCUCUCCGACUGUCUUAUCGCGCGACGGACGCAACGAAGGCACUCGGGGACUAAUUACGCGCAGAACCCGAACCCUGGUUCCUCGGGUUCUUCCUUUCCGUUUUCUCAGCAGUACGGCAAUGGAGGGAUACGCACGGGUGGUGAGAGGAUACGAGCAACAACGAUGGUAACGAAGGAUCGACUCGUAGUUGUGCAAUGUGAUACGAUCAGAGGAGACUGUGUUCGUAGCAGUGACCUGCUUAGGUGCUUAGGACCGCGGUGAUUUUUUCAACGAAAAGGGAAAGUCUUGGCGCGGGCCGUCGUUUCUCGAGCUUCUUAUUGAGUUUUGAGUUCGGUGCUCAAAGUGGACUGCAAAAGGCGGGGGCGAUUAACUCUUUGUGGUCAAAACCCGGGAUAUUUCUGACGUGAGGAUGCGAACGUUGUUUAGGUAGGGAAACCUAACACUGUAUGUAUUACUUGUUGCGUCAAUGUAAUGAGAAAACUCCGUCUGAUUAUUAACAUAUUCAGGUGAACCGAAAAAUGUUCAAAUAUUUCUUCUUUGUAUGUUCUUUUUGGUAAUUAUGUAGAUGAUUGACAGCCUUACCGAUUUCUAUGAUCUUAUUUAGCCUGUUUAAGACAUUAGAAGUUUUCCGAGAACCGCCCAAAAAUUACUUGAAAAAUAUAACUUAUUACAAUUAACGUGUAUUCCUUAAAAAUGAAAAUAAUCCAUGCUUUGUUCUUUAAUCCCUUGAACGGCGAAUUUUUAUAUGGAUUUUGUUUUGAUUUAACGAAUACACAGUAACCAAAGCAAUUUUUAUCUGUAAAUCGAUUUUGACAUACCUGUGUCACUUUAAUAUUGUAUAUUUUUUAAUUCUAAAACGUAUUGUGAUUGUAAAUAACGGUAAUUAGAUACAAUAGUAAAUUUACACAUAGGUGUCAGUAUUAUGACACAUGAAUUUUACAUGAAGAUAACAAUUAUUUUCCAUAAAUUAAAGUUCGUAAUCAAUGGUGAAAAAGAAAAUAUUUAUAUCGGUGAAACGAUUUUGAUCUUUCUAUGAAAGAUUUCAUAUUUUUGAGGAAGUGAAAAUAAUUAUAUUUUGUGUAAAACAAAAUAAUGACAGAAUCACGCGAAUUUAAAUUUUCCCAUGAUUUUUCUAACACAAUUAUUUGGUGGUACUUAAUAUACAAUAUGAAAGAGUUAUUUACAACCUACAAAAUGAUACAUCUUACAUGAAAUUUAAAUACUUGUAUAUAGUUAAAGAAUUCGUUGAAAUGAAACAUAAGAUGAAACUUUUAAUUGAUUUUAGUAUUUUGAAGGUAAAAAUUGUUUCCAAAUUUAUCGGAUUUCAUUCAAAUUAUGUAUAAAUAAAAUACAAAUGCUUCAUAUGAUGGAAGCAUUAAUACAAAAAUUGAAAAAGUCAGCAGCUUCUUAGACUAUAUUGAAACUAAGUUCAAAGACUAUUUUUUUCCAAAUAAGAAGAUUUCGCUCAGCGUAUUAAUCGUAAAAUUCAAACGAUGAAUAACAUUUUAUUCGUAUAAUUUACAACUCAAAAAACCAAUAAAAAAACAAGGAAUUCGCAUUGGUUGUCUGUAAUACAUUGUACAAAAGAAAACUAUUGGCAAAUCCAUUAGAUAUAAAAUGUCUAAUAUCAUGAUAAUAAAUUAAAUGCAUAUAAAUUAAACGAACUUGCUUAAAUAAAAUUUAUACGUUUCUUUAGCUAAUAAUUGUCUGAUCGCGUGCUAUCCAAAAAUAGUUCAAAUUGAUAUGACCACAAAGAGUUGUAGGAACCAUGGAUGCAACGAUUUUUCUUGAAAUAAUCUAUACAACUAUCGCUGUUUGAGUGAUAAUUGUAUACUGUGUGGAUAAUUGUUAAGUGACAAUAUAGCGUUGCAAUAUGUACAGCUAUCGUUGCGACUUAAUGUACGAUUUGGGGCUUGCUUGGACUGACAACUUUCUUUUGAACCACGAUUUGGUUGAAGUUGUUUCACUAAAGAGCCUUGAAUCAAGAUUUUAUAGACUCCUAGGCUACAACUACAGUGACAUUUUCAAUUAUAUUUUUAAAUGGGGAAAGAAUACUUGGAUUUACUUGUACGAGACCAGGAACGACUACAAUUCAAGUAUUUGCUUUUGCAUAUAAUAUCUUGGAAACAUCAAUAUUUAGAAAUUAUUAGCAAUGUCGGUAUUGAUUACCAUGAUAACAAAUCUAUUUAGUCAUCCUGUGUAUAUUUAGAAACUCUUCUUUCCAGUUACAUUUGUUAUCAUCGAACACAAGUAAACAUGUAAUACUAUUUUAACAUCAGGGAAUGAAGAUAGUAGUCCAUUGUUUACUACCAAAAUGUAGAUAUCAGAAGCUUGUAAUGGUUCGUGCACAAGCUAGAACUCAUCGCAUUGCUUCAAAUUAACUCUCCAUUGCGUAACCUUAUACGACAAUGCUUUUGAUGGUACAGGUUUCGUAAUUGUGGUAAACAGCAUUGUCUUAUUAUGAAUCAAAUUCAACAGUCCGAACGAACUCUAAUCGUACAGUAAAUCGUUGCAUCCAUUUCUAUUCUAAACGCGACUAGGGAAGAGUUUGAAAAACGUCGAUCCGCCAAGGGACGUUUCCAUCGUUCACGCGAGACGAGGGCGUGCCUUCCGUAUAUUAAUUGUUGGCAAAUUUCUGACCUAUAACAGAAACAGGAGAAUGCGGGCCGGUUUAGAUUCGGGCAAGUGCCUCAUUUAUGCAUUUCGUUUAAGAUAUUCGAUAGGAAGGGACGAUGUGAGAAAGAAAGAGAGUGAGAGAGAGAGAGAAAGAGAGCGAGAAAGAGAGAGAGAGACUAAUGUAAGACUUAUUACGAGUAUUGUUGUGCACUUAUUGCCGUGCUGUGAGUAUUGGUAAAUAGCAAGAGAGAAUCGUGGUACCGAAGCACGCUAUUAGUAAAGAAACAUUGCCGCGUUUUGUGGUGUUUUCGAGAAGUAUGUAUUUUUGGCUGGGACGUGUUAAAUCGAUAUAUACCUGUUUGACAAGUGUUUCGUGAAAGGUGUUGGGAGGUUUUUUAAUGUAAACGAAGAACUCGCGUUGAAAAUGAGUCGUUCGACUCCGUUUAUCGACGAUCUUGCAAAGGAUGAACGGAAGUAAGGUUCUUGGACAAAAUGGAGAACGUCUCGGGAUCUGUUCAAAUUUUAACUGCGCGAGCAUGCGAAAUUAUUCGAGCGAUUUCGAAUCUUAUUAUUAGCUUAAAACGAACGUACGUUAGAAUGUUUUUAAUAUUAUCAUAUCGAUAACCUGAAAGUGUCGAUGUACGUGUCAGAUUUGAAGAAUGUCUGUCGAUGUAAAUAAUAUUCGCAAGUAACUGACUAGAAACAUCGACUACAAGUAUUCAGAUUAUUAGAUAAUAAUGGUACAUGUAUUAAAGGUUGAGUGUAGAAACGAAUUCUGUGUCUUUAUAUUCAAUCAUUUAUAACCCUAAUGUAACCCACGCAAUUUUGUUAUGUUAAAGUAUCAACUUUCUAAGUUGUCGUAUAACUUCCAUUACAAUAAAUCUGUAUAUUGCAUAACCUAAGUCUUAGCCUAUCACGACAUAUGUAUGUGUAUAAGUUUUGUGGCCACAAAAUUUUACUUAUUAUUAUUCUAACAAAUUACAAGUAUAUUUGAUAAUUACAGUAAUUGUAAAAGAAUAAUAAGCAAAAUUUGAUGGCUACUAAAGUUCGUAUAUGUAGAUGCAUUGCAAUGGCCAUCAGGUUAAGACUUAGAUUAUGUGUAUAAUUACAUUGUAAUGGAAAUCAGAGUGAGGACUUGGAAAGUUGAUACUUUAAUGUGCCAAAUUGACAAGUAAUUAUCUGUUCAAAUUAGAGUUAUAAGUGAUUUAAUAUAAAGGCACAAAAUAAUUCUACUCCUAACGGUUAAUUUUUAAUAUUUUUACCACUUAUCACGUAUCGUAAACGCCGUUGCAUGCCGUGCGCCAUUUUUCAAUAGUAGUUUGAUUUGUAUUAUUCCAAACUUCUAGAACUUUCUUUGAGUACUCCUUUGAAAUUAAUAGUAAAGUUAUUUAACCCUUUGUAAAUUUCUGUCCAUAAAUCUAGAUCCACUUUGGAGUGGAGUUUUCAAAACGCAGAAGGUGUAGAACAUGCAUUCUUUCGCAAUAGGGACAGUAUGCAUCGGAUGCUUGUCUUGUACUAAAUAAAAUUAUUUAGUAACUUCAACAUUUUCGUAGUUUGUUUUAAUUCUAUUUCAAAGCAUGUAUAUAUUUACAUUCAUUUGCAAUCCUAUCGGUAACCACGAAAUUCCUAGCGUCUAUGUCUUCCAAUUCUAUCAUGUGCAUGUUUUUCCAAAUUUAAUCGCAAAAUGCAUACAGUGGGUGUAGAAAGUAUUCGUACACCGAUCAAUUUCCAAAAAAACUGUGUAAAAUUAUAAUUUAUUAAUUUAUUUUUUAUAAACAAUGACAUUCUACAUAUUCUCGGAAAUGUCUAAAAUAGAUAGAUUACAAAAAAAAAUAGCUAUUUAUGUAAGUUGCGAAAUUAACUAGAAAAAAACAAUUAAUCGAUAGAAACGUUGAAGCAAUAAGUAUUCGGACAACUGUUUAAAAUUAAAUUUACUGGAAAUUUUGUUUUAUUUACAUUAAUUUAUAGUUAAAUUUACAUUAAUUUAUAAUGUAUAUAAUACUUUCUUCGUGGGAUUUCCUUUUGAUUUUAUAAUUAUUGUAACUUUUCUAAGCAUUAAAUUAACUAAAUUAUUAGUUAUUCGAAGUGAGAUCUUUUUCCAUUCCUCUAUUAGAGCCAUUUUUAAAAGUACUUUACUGGAAAUUUGAUGUUUCCUAAUUCGUACGAAGCAAUAAACUAAUAUGUUUACAUUACAAACUCUACUCUAAAUACUUCGUCAUAAGAAUCGUAGAAAUACUCAUUACUUCAAUACUUUCACCCACUUUUCGCAUCUUUCUGUUAAUUUCACAAAUUAUAUUAACUAGUAAAUGUUGUUUGGAUUAUAUUUAUCUUAGAGACUUCCGAGAAUAUGUAAAAUAUCAUUGAUUACAACAAAAGAAGUUAAGAAAUUACAAUUUCGCAGAAAAGUUUUUUGGGAAAUUAAUUGGUGUACGAAUACAAUCUACACCCACUGUAUAUAAAAUUCAUUUUCAAUUGUAAUGAUCAAUGAAUUAAUCGUGUCAAUGUUUAUAUUUCAUCAUGUUAACACUAAACAGGCUUGUGAAGACUUUACUGACCCCAUAACUUUCUUUUAUCUCUUUAACUGUAACUACAUAUCUUAGCAGUACCAAAAUUCUUACAUUACGUUAAAUAUUAGAGAAACAGGAAAGAUAAAUAUUAGGUGACAAUAUGUCACCUAACGAGCUAGGUUAUAGUUGACUAUUUUUACUAAGCAGCCAUAUCCGUGUAUUUUCUUUCUUUAUUGUGUUUCCAUACUUCGUUUUAUCUUUCUCUUAUGAGCCGAAAUGCGUAAAUACUUUUUACAAGUACCAUUACUUUUCUUUCAACCUGGUCAAAGCUGGAGGUAGAACUCGAAUGAAGUAGUAAAACAAAUGUAAAACUCAACAAAAGGAUCUCUAGGAUUAAAGCAGGAUUUAUCUUGAUAAUUUCACCUUGUUCGAGUGCUUUUGCGAUUUUGCUUGAUGAAAAAUGUUCGAUAAAUAUUGUCUACAUCGUCAGAUAUACUUCAAGCUUGUAAAGUGAAAUCCUGACACUUUUACAGUACCAGUAUAGUAAGAAUAUUUUGAAACUUAUAACGCACCUUCAUCGUUUCAAGCAUCGAACGUUUGAUUUGAAAGCGUUCGAAUAUUUUCGUAAACCGGUGUAUAAAAAAAAGAACAUAAGGAGUAUGCAGGGUGUCCCGUAUAAAGUAUUCCAAAGUGUUAACAAACUUAGAAACUUGUGAUAGUAUCGAAUUCAUUGACUACAAUUAAAUGAUACAGGGGAGCUAACAUUGUUAUACACAACAGGAGAGUAGUAUUAACUUUCUGUUAUUUAGAUAGCUUUUAUGAAACUGACUAACAUUUACUUGAACCAUUUUCCAAAAUUGUACAUAGUCAAGCAGCACGUAUUCUUGAUUUCAUGUUCUCCUUAAUUGUAAGAUCAAUCGCCAUUAUUACUUCCUCUUCUGUGCAACCACAAAAGAAUCGAAAUAGUUUACAAUACUUGUCAGCUUCUAUUUGGAGAAUUGAGCCAUUCACUGUACAAAUCAAUUAACUCCACUUUUUGAAAAAUCUUAUAUUUAAGUGUCAAAACAAAACACUUGGUAUAGUCAUAACUAGACUGCGGAUCUUUAUGGAUUUAUAGGAAAUUUGAAUGUGUAAGAAACUACAAAAUGCAAACAAUAUGUAAGAAUAUAACAAAGAUUGAUAACAAAGUUCAUGUUAUAAUAUUUGCAAAAUAAAAUAAAUUCCUAUUUAGGUUCAAUUUUUGUAGGCACGUUCGCGAAGAUUUUAUUUUGCAUAAAGAUCCGAAGUCCAGUCAUAAUUUUUUAUAUUUAUAAUAACUUUCCUGAAUAAUAAAGAUUAACGCUAUUAACUACAAAAUUUCUUUGACUAUUAAAUAAUAAAUAAUGUAUUUUAGAGACCAUUUCAUCGCAUUUCUCACCUUUUUAUUUUAUGGAGUUAUUUAACUUGCGCAAUGAACGGCUCAAUUGACACAUGAGAUAUCUAUUCAUAUUAACAAAACAAAAAUAACAAGAGAUUAAUACCAUCUUCCAUAUAAACAAAUUUAGCUGUCCUCCCUGACAGUCACUUCAAAAAUAUUUGUUACGAAAACAGUUUAUAAUACUUUACCCGAGGCAUCCUUUACGAAGGGUGGGUUGAUAAAAAUUGUAUUAUUCGCUCGGUUUCCAGAGCAAGCGCUUUCGAAAGUUCCGCGAAGCGGACUCGGAACGCCUGGGAAUCGAUCCCGUUGGCUGGUUUAAUUAAUUCGCGAGGGCGAUGCUUUGAUAAAUGUAUUCGUGCGAUUCAUUCUAACGGUAUUCCUUUAAUGCCCGUACUGCAUGUUAUCCGACACCCAGGGCCGGGUUUAGCAAUAUUGGCGCCCCGGGCAAGAUUAUCGUGGCGCUCCUUCAGGGGCUUAAAAUUUUUAAGAAAAGAAGACAAGACGGAUAAAAUCGUAUACUAGGAACACUGGACUGCUGCGACGACCCCAAAAAUCUUGCGCCCCGGGAGGUUGCCCGACCGCGCCCCCGCCUAACGCCGGCCCUGCCGACACCUUAGCGAGAACUUGGUAAAUAGCCCGCGCGGGAGCUAUCUGCGACAAAGUAUCCUCGAAGAAGUCCGGUAGAGAGAUGCCAAGGGGUCUCAGCGAUGUUUGACCGGGAUGCCUUUAACAAUGGCGUAAAUCGGUCCUACCAGCGUGUAACAGCGAAUACUGGGCGUAUUUUCUUUGCAGCUUAACCGCGGAUAGAGUGCCUGCGAGAAGCAGCAGCUAAAGUUUGUCCCAGUUAUCGGGGAAAGAUGAAAAGAGAACAAAGGAGAAAUGUAGAUCGAGUAACGUGACCGCGAUACCACGUACCAGCGUCGGUGCAAAAUGUAAUCCACGAUUGUGAUUACCGAGCCCAUCGGUAAUCCUAAUCCGCGGUUAUCGACAGAGGUGGGCGGAAUUCUCAUCUGUAAACUUUGGUAUUCGAAUAGAAAUUAGUGAUAUAUCAUAAGCAAAUCACCAUCUCUGAUCGCAGAUUAGAAAUGCAAUUCGUGGUUACCGAUUCAACCUGCGAUUGCGAGUGAUCGUUGCAAAAAUGGCAGCAAACGGCCAAUUCCGAUACAUUGUACGCAUAGGGUCGCCCUCGAUGAUCUAGAAUCGGUUGGAACCGUGGCGUAUGUAAAUACCUGCAUACGUGAUUACGUAGAAAACGUUUUAUGAACGACUUAGCUUUAAUUGAGAGAGUAUUAACGUAACGAGAGGAAUUCUAGAAUGGUUAGAUCGUUAGAGAUUUCUCUUUUGUUUUUCUACGCGGAAAGGACGAUUUGGUCUCUUUUCAUCGACUUACCUGACAUCGCCGUGGACAGACGUGUCCGGUCGCAUGUUAACCAACACUGCCGCGCCAAUUCUAACGUGCUUCGAACGAAGAACCAGUGUAACAAGUUACAAAUAAGAAGAAAAAAACCCGUCGAUUUUCACUUAUCAUCAUCGAGCGUGUUCGUAACAACGAACGACGUGGAGUAAUUGACAAAAGAAUCGGUCGAGACGUAGAAAGGAGUAUAAUAUAAUAAGGCGUUUUUGACGGCCGUCGAUGGGGCACGGUCCGUGAAACGAAUCGCUGGAAUGGUGGAAGAAAGUCGUGUAAAUAAGUAGAAAUUGUUUUUUAUCGUUGAAAUCGUUUAAACGAGAAUCGAGAGUUAAUACGUUAACGCUACUCGUCACACGAACAGCAGUCGUGCGCGUUUAAUGUUUAUAUACAGGGUGUCCCUAAAAUGUUGUAACACUUUGAAAGGGGUGGUUCGGGAGGUGAUUUGAAACAAGUUUUUCCUUAGCGAAAAUGUUGUCCGAGGCUUCGUUGAGGAGAUAUUAUGAAAAACACUGACCAAUCAGAGCGCGAGUAUGCCGGUGGAGCGCCUGCGGUAGCGUACGAGAGCGGCCACAUACCGCGUAGCCUACGCUACCGCGGCUGUCUAUCGCAUAGCCUAUGCUACUGCGGCUGCCUGGCGCGUAGCCUAUGCUACUGCGACUGUCUAGCGUGUAGCCUAUUCUACUCCGACUGUCUAGCAUGUGCCUAUGGUACUGCCGGUGUCUAGCAUGUAGCCUAUGCUACUGCGGCUCUCUAGCGUGUUGCCUACGCUACUGCGGCUGUCUAGGGUGUUGCCUACGCUACUGCGGCUGUCUAUCGCGUAGCCUAUGCUACUGCGGCUGUCUGGCGCGUAGCACAUUCUACUCCGACUGUCUCGCAUGUAGCCUAUACUACUGCGGCUGUCUAUCGCGUAGCCUAUACUACUGCCGCUGUCUGGCGCGUAGCCUAUUCUACUCCGACUGUCUAGCAUGUGCCUAUGCUACCGCGACCGCUCCACCAGCAUCCUCGCGCUCUGAUUGGUCAGUGUUUUCCGUUAAUAUCUCCUUAACGAAACGUCGAACAACAUUUUCGCUAAGGACAAAAUUGUUUCAAAUCACCUCCCGAACCACCUCCUUCAAGGUGUUACAACAUUUUUGGGACACUCUGUAUAUACAUAUACAUACGCUUCCACGAGAUACAUAUAUGUGUAUAUAUACGCAUUGCAUUCUCAUUAUUGCAUAUACAUAUAUACAUAUACGCAUAUACACUCAACUACAAAAAAAAAAAAAUAUAUAGCGUGUCUAGUAUAAGUUCGGGCAUACCGCAGGGUGUCAAUUCUACAACAAAUAUCUAACAAAAAAUUACUCUUAGACAUUUUCUUUUGUGUUUUUGGAAAUUGUCGCAAUGUAAAGUAUGACCUAAUUCUUCACUUGUUAAAUCUACGUAAUAAAUUUUGGUUUUGAAUCACGGAGAUGGGAAAUUUAACGCUCUUUCGAAUGGUAUACUUUAGUUUUAAGUUUGCAUUGUAAUUUAAUGGAGUUAUGGCCGUUUAAAGAAUGUUAAGUCGAAAACACAAGAAAAAAAGAUAAAAGUGCAAAUACUCGGAAAUAAGGCGACAGAAAGAAAAUGUCUAAGAGGAAUUUAUUGUUAGAAAUUUGUUGUAGAAUCGGCGCCCUGCAUAUGUCCGAACUUAUACGUAGACAUCCUGUAUAUAUACAUAUAUUUUUUCUUUAAUCCGCGUAGAUAAAUAUAACUACGAGAGAGAAACGCGCUAAAUAAGAAAGGCAGCUAAUUACAAUUUUUCGGUGAGUUUUGCGAUAGCCCGCGAAAUCUUUUUUAAUUAAAAUUUCUCGUUCAACACGACUAAUCGACACUAAUUUUCUCGGGUACGGCAAAUAUUUUACAAAAUACCGAUGUUUAUAUUAUACAAAAGCAUCCAACUUAGGUACCUUGUGUCGAGAUGAAAAAUUAUAUAAAUAUAUAUAUAUAUAUAUAUAUAUAUAUAUAUAUAUAUAUAUUAUUGGCAAAUUGUUAUAUGCUAUAAUAUUUCUAAAUUAGACGAAAAUCGUGGAGGCAAAUAUGGAUGUACAUGUAUGUAUACAACAAAAAAAAACAAACAAAAAAUGUUUUAAUAGAGUAACGUAAUUCAUUGUAAUAAGGAUAAACAAUGUACAUAGCGCUCCGUUUAAAACUGAUCAUCGUCAACGCUGCGGUCUAGACGGAGAACUGACCACUUGUGGAGGGUGCGAUGAGAUUUUUUGAACCACUUCCUGUUCAUUUAACUUCGUGAGCGAAGUGAAUCUUAUCUUUCGUAGCGUUCAGUUUUAAAUCGACGCACUUUAAGGUUUAAGGUUCUUCUCCGCGAGCAGGACGAGAUUUCGUUCUAGAAAAUACCAUCCGUAGCCGGGGUAUAUGCAGCGAGUCGAGACAAAUUCUAACAAUGUAAACGUCGAUUCGACAGAAAUCAAAUGGCCCUUCGCAAGAAAAUUGCUCCCAAUUGUUCGUUUUCGUAGCACAUCGACCCUUUUGAUUAUUCAAGUACUCUCUAUUCCCUCCGAGAAGAAGAAAGCAGAGUCAGAUGUUGCAAAAGUAAUGCAGAGUUGAAUAAGAAACAAUAGCCACAAUUUUAUAAUUUAGUGAAAAAAUGAGAAAAACAUGAAAAUUACUCUUACAAUGUUAUCUAUAAUUAGUUUUCUAUAAUUUUCAACAUUUGUCAAUAGGGUUAUCAAAACGAAAGUUUGAAUUUGAAAUACGCGCGCUCCUGAAAGUAAAAAUAUUGCAUCGUUUUACUCUAUACUUAAUGGUCCGAUUGUUAAAAAUUAAGGGAAACUUUAGUUUUAAUUUAAAAAUAUAAUAAACACAAACUGUAACCAUUGGAAUCUAGAUGGUGACUGUGAUCUAAACGUUUGAGUCUAACUAACUCAGUAUUUGUCUUCUGAGAGAAUUUUUUUAAAUAUUUCCUUGACACCAGCGCUUGGAUUUUGUAUUUAUUCAUUUUUUUCAAAUAUUCAGUAGCAUAUUAAGGUAUUCUGAAUACUUUUUAUACAAUUGUUUAAACUGAGUAUUUAAUAAAAAUCAUUAAAUGAAUACUGUCAACCAUGGGAGGGGGGAGGGGGAUGUUUAUCAAUUCUAUUUGUUGUACACUUCUGUUAGCCAUGGAAAAGUUUCUUCAAGUGAAAAAUCUCCACGAUUUAUCUGUCUAAUCAGGUCACACCAUAUUCAUAUCAAUCCUAUUACAUUAGGUUAAAUUCUGACUUCUUUACAAAAAUACAUAUAUAACUUUUUUCCAAUGUUCAUAAAAGUCAAAAAUUUCUAUAUCUCUGCUAGACCUAGAAAAUUUCUGAUAACUGUAUCAUUUUUUUAGACCUUGAUUCAUCUAAAGUGGGUGAUGGAAGUAUUCGAAUAAUAUGAAUAGAAUUGCAAGUUGUAUUGGUUUUCAAAAUAUAGUAUAGCUACAGUAAAAUACAAUCGUUGGAAUCAUAAUAGGAAAAUGUUAAGAUAACCUGCCAUCUAUACAGAAGUUAUAGAAUAUUCAACGAAUGAAUCAUUAUCACAUUAUCAGACAAUAUAGUACAGCUGAUCUUAGAAGUACAAAUGGUUAAAUGUGGUUAUAAAAAUAAUGUUUCUAGAGGAUAUAAGGUUAAUCCCUUUUUUCUCUCUCGAAUACAUUUAGUCGAAGUUCUUAGUUUUGAGAAAUAAUUAAGGUUAAACAGUUAUGAUAUGUACUCCAUUAUGGAAUGAAAAAUUCUUAUACGAAUAGAUAGAUUCAAAAUAGAUAGAUUUACGUAUUCAAAAUAAAUACAAGAACACAAACGGAGGCAAAAUGAUGUUUCUCCAAAUUAGCUGGAAGUUUCCUUUAAUUUUGUAUAUUCAAGGACUGAAAACUUGAAUCGUUCGAAAUGAAUACAAACAAUGUAAUGUUGAAUCGAUUAAAAUACGCAUAAAGAAGAAUUACACUUAAUUUUGUACAUACAAAAUACGUACAAAAACUUAAAUGGGGGGCAUAACAGUAUACGUUAUAUAAUUUAGCCCAGGGGCUUCCUUUGGAAUAAUUGUUUAUAUUCAGUGAAUGAAAGAUCCAUGGUGCAAAUGUAUGCAAACAAUAUCAUUUUGAAGCGAUUCAAAAAUAUACAUAUAUGUAUAAAACAAAAUCAAACUUAAUUUAAUAUGUGCAGAAUAUGUACAAGAACUUAGCGAGACACAACCGUGCAUCCGCGAAUCUGCACAACGUGAACCCUCAAAGGUCCAAAGUAAAUAAAAAUCACUUGACUUUUAGUCAAUCGUAAUAUGCUUAAAAACGAAUUCAACUUAUCUUUAUGUACACACAUGUACAAACUCGUAAAUAGGGACCCACAACCGUGCAUCCACGAAUCUACGCAACUUGAGAACUCAAUUUUUCAAACUAAAAAAAAAAAAGAAACAAUUUGAUUUUUGUUCACCAGAAGUAUGCAUAAAGAUACAUGGAACUUUACUUCGUACGCAAGUACAUAUAUGUGUACAUGAACCUAAGCGAGGGCCACAUCUGCGAAUCCGUGGAACUGGAGGACACUAGUUCCAAUUUGAAUGUCGAAUCGACGUACAAAUCCCACGAAACGCUCCGCACAUGCCCCGCGCGGGUAUGCGCGUCUAACGUUUAGACUAUAACGUAAUAGCAAUCGCAUUAAUUAGGUAAAGUAAAUGCAACAUUCCAGUAACAGGCCAGGACUGCCAACCGCUUCAGCGAACACCCGGAGAAACCUCGCAACGACAAUUGAUCGACGUGUUUUCCCCCUUGCGCACGUUUCGAACGCUGACACUUGCUUCGCUAAUGAGAAAUUGAAACAACGACAACUCCUUUGUUAUCGGCGACCCCGCGAAUCGACAACAAACAGGAAACGUGCACCGAGUGUUUUCUCGCGAUAAGUAAUUGAAACGCUGGUUGCGAAACCGUGCAAGUCCUGUCACCCCUCAAUCUUUGUAUCCUUUUGUAAGACAUUUUUUUUUUAUUUUUUAUUGUCUUCUCUCUCUCACCGAUCGAUAGAAAUGGUAAUUUUUUUCGUAAACGUUGUGUAUCACUAAGCCGAAGAAUACGAAUAAAACUAACGCAGCGAACAAGAGAAGAAUUUACUUUAUUUUGCAUCCCUGAAAGCCUUCCUCGUGGACAGUUCUAGAUCCCUUGGACUUGGCAUGACUCGCGACUGUCGUUUCCAAUUGCGACCAGAGAUGGGCAUCUUAUUCGGAUAAAUAUUUCGAAUAAUGAAUAAGAGAUAAAUUAGAUUGUAUGAGUUAUUUGCUGAAUGCUAAUCAGGGAAGUGAAAGUAUGACUGUUCAAGCGGAAUGAAUGUCAUAAAUAAAUGGGGUGGUAGCGUACCAAUUGGGAAAUAAAAAUAAUACAUAUUUUUGGAUAUGGAGCAUUUAUACAAAUAUUUGAAUAAAUUCUCUGAGGCUGGAGAUAUGUAUUGUUUUUAUUUCUUUCAUGAUCUAUUAUUUGAAUGAAAUUUUGCCCGUCUCUGACGACAAUCUCUGUUGAACAUGCAGUUUCUAUUAGAGGGGAAACUAUUCGUAUAUAAUUUAGUAUUCAAAUAUUUAUAAAAUACUCGAAAACUACAAGUCAUUGUAGAUCAUUUUUUGUUGAAUAUUAUUCUUUAAAUAAUAAACAUUUUAUGUACUUGCACUAAAACUGACACUACUUGUUGAAUCAUAUUGCUCAACUAGUACGAAUAUUUAGGUAUUUUAUCCAUGUAUAAAAUAUUCGAACAAUCAAGUAUUUAAAUAGUAUUGAGAUACCUCAGCAUUGAAAUAGUAGUCGAAUUAUAUCCGAAUAUUUAGUAUAACAUUCAAAUUAUAUUCGAGUACUAUAAUAUUUGAAUUAUAUUCAUAUAAUCUGAUAUUCGAAUUGUAUUUGGAGAGUGUAUAGUAUUUGAAUUAUAUUUGACUAGUCUGGUUUCGGAAUUAUAUUUGAAUAGUUUAGUAUUCCCAUUAUAUUCGAAUAGUGCAGUCUUCGAAUUGUAUACAAUAGUCUAAUAUUCAAAUUAUAUUCGACUAUUUUAUUAUUUGUCAAAUAUUUGAAUCACUGAAAUGUUGAAACAUUCGAAUAGAGUAAUUCAACAAGUAGUCCCAAUUCUAGUCUAUCUAAAAACAAAAACUAACACUGCUACAUGAACGAAGCAUUCGCGUUGUAUUAAUUGUCACAUCUUUGCAACCGUAACCGCCAGUUAGCCCUUUGCGGAUAUUUUGGAGUACAAACGUUAAGGGGGAACGGAGAAAAAUAACGUGUACCUAAAAAUUACUUUACCCAACGUACAAAUUUUAUUUUAAUUGUUAUAUACUCUCCAACGUGUACAUUUUAUUUUAUUUUAAUGAAUCGUUACACGUAUAUACUAAGGUAAUCAAUUUUAGUUGAUUUCUUCGAUAUCUGGUAUACCCAGACACUUUCUGCGAAGGGUUAAUUAUUUUGUAGUCCAUUUGUCACGUCGCUUGGAUGUCUAUCGUAUCAUUGUCAGAGUAGUGUCAUUUUUCAUAACGGGAACAGCCUUAGGGUACCGUGGACGUCGAUAGCGGCGAUUUAUUCGAGUGUAAUCGCGGUUCUAGAAUCAUUAGCUGAAAGUGUUAGAACUCAAACCGUGCUUUUGUCAGCUAUCGGGCAAUAAAACCGCGAUCGAGGUCGUACGAACUACCUUUCACUUGUGAAACGAUUAACACUUGUCGAUGCUAUACAAUGUAUAGUAUACAUCAUCCGUGCUUAGACUUUGAUUCACGGGAUAUGAGUCAGAAGAAUGGUGCUCGAUAAUGGUACUAUCUGUGCUAGGAACGCACUGCGUCACUUUUAUCUACAAGUUUAUUUACAUUUUUCGAUUCGGUGUUACGUAAUGUCAGAGAUCAGCAUUAGAUAAUGAAGUGGAUACUUUAUUAAAUAUUUCUUUGUUUAGAGAUUGAAAGCACGCGGAACACGUAUAGUUGGAGAUUCUUUUGAAUUACAGGGUGUCCCAAAAAUGUUGUAACACCUUGAAAGGGGUGGUUCGGGAGGUGAUUUGAAACAACAACUUUUUCCUUAGCGAAAAUGUUGUCCGAGGCUUCGUUGAGGAGAUAUUAACAGAUAAUCCCGAUCAAUCAGAUGACGAGCCUAGCGUGUAGACUACGCUACUGCGGCUGUCUAUCGCGUAGCCUAUGCUACUCCGGCUGUCUGUCCCGUAGCCUAUUCUACUGCGACUGUCUAGCAUGUAGCGUAUGCUACUGCGGGCGCUCCAACGGUAUACGCGCGCUCUGAUUGGUCAGUGUUUUCUGUUAAUAUCUCCUCAACGAAGCCUCGGACAAUGUUUUCGCUAAGGAAAAAGUUGUUUCAAAUCAUCUCCCGAACCACUCCUUUCAAGGUAUUACAACAUUUUUGGGACACCCUGUACAUCAAAUGCCUAUCUCUGUUCGCGAGUUAGCGAUCGGAAGAGCGCGAUAAAAGCAUGCGAUCACCGGUAGUGCGUAAAUGUUGCACGCGGUGCGGCGAAACGGCAGACGGCAGUCCGGGCGCUAGAUAUUUACUGUGCCAAUGCAAUGCGUUUUCUGUAUAUAGUAUCGUAGCCCUAAUUAACAUUAGUUUAGAGAGUAGCUGGAAUCGCGUUGACGUAGGCGUAUGGCGUACACUCGGUAGAAUUAAUCGAUAAAGGCACAUGAAACGAGUCAUCCGACCUCGCCGUUCUUCAACUGUGCGGCACUACACGGAGAUCAUUCUCCAAAUCAGAGAUGGGCACCUAUUAGGUGGACUGGAAAGUAAUGUCGUUUCUUUUACAUUAAAUUCAAACGAAUUUUGUAUAAAUUUCUAUUUUUAAUUAUUAAUCAUAUAAUCGCUCCCGUUAUCCCGUUAUAGCCUUUUGCCAUCUAGUGUGCAGAUUGUCAAUGCCAGAUCGAUAAAAAUCAAUGAGCUGAUGAAUGAUAAACAACAUAAAUGAAAAACGACAUUAUUUUCCGUUUCACCUAAUAGAUAAACAGUCUCCAAUAACAAUUUUAGAUUCGUUAUUCGGUCAAUACAAAUUACAAUCUGAAUUGUACACGUUCAACGAAUUUUCCUUUCUGCAAUUAGUAAUUUUUAAUUAAUUUAACUCUCUUAUUAAUAUACAAUAUUAGUGAGACUAAUUAUCCAGCAAUCAAGCAAGCUUAUCGAGGUAACUGUUCAACCUAAACGUUUCUCAUAAGUCGCUAUACAGAGUUUUUUAUGUAUCAACUGUUACUCUGCCCAUCUCUGACAAAGAUCUUCAUUGACGCGUUGAUUGUCACAAACAAUCCGUCAACGAUGUUCGAGGAUCAGCCAGCGAGAACAACCCCGUGAGUUUUGUUAGCAGCAGGCAUUUUUGUACGUUAGGUCCAGCUACUAGGAACCCUAAACGGCCUGGACAGCUCAAUUGUUAGAGCAAACGAUAGAUAGAAUCCUGAUUCGCAGCGAUCCGAUCUACCACUCAGUUGGUGGUUGAAUCUUGCACUCAUUGUCAGAGAAAGGAUUUCGUCGUCAGAGUUGCGUUACCGACUUUAUUUUGUUCGUUAGCAAUAUGUAACGAAUUAUCUCGUAGCUGCCAAUCUGUAUCAAGAGUUGAAUUGAGGAUUAUUUUAUUUAAAGAAAUGCGGCAGUUGACAUGUUGUCUAUCAAUUUUGAGCACCAUUCGUAGCCACCGACUCGUAACUGAAUGUCAUCUACGAGUAAUAAAAGAAAAAAAAAGAUCAAUAUGUUUUAAAGAACUGAACAUUAAUUCACAGCCAAAAUAAAAUAAACAUGUACCGAAUUAUCUCGUAGCUGCCAUCUAUAUCAAGAGUUGAGGCAUGAAGCACGUUCGUCAUUGUUUACAACGAACCAUGUUCAAUCCUUUAUUUGGCAAAUCACAUCAUCGACAAGUUUGUAGCCCCGUUUCGUUGAGGACACGUAAGAUGCUUGCAGAGCGUAUUGUAUAGUAUGAUAGAGACAGCCGAGAAAUGCUUACUGUACGGAAGAUAUACGAAAAGUCUGGGCGACCGCCAAGUGAAGGAUUGACGUUGUACCUCGUACUUUACAUUCAAUCAUGCGAAUUGUGCGCAUGCGUAACGGCGUACGGACAAUUCUCAUUUUGUACAAUAAUACUCAUUUUUGGGGGGAGGAUCAUAACAUUAACGUUAGAGCUUCUUUUCAGUGUAAACACGAAACAUACGAUAUAGGGAUCUCGGUGCAUCGCGAAAUGAUAUCGUUUAAUAUCUUAACCAUUCGACCCUAGUGGGACGUAAAUGUCCCACGGAAUGUAUCUGGUUGACAUCUGGUACAAUUGAGAGUCAUAGAAACAUAUGUUUAAAAAAAUGAACAUCAUUUAUUAAUUAUCAAUCCUAUUUUAAUACAAUUAAUUUCUAAAAGUAAAAAGGAAUAGAAUUCAAACAGAACGAUUUCUUUCCCUCGUUUGCGAUAUACAGGGUGUCCCAAAAAUGUUGUAACACGUUGAAAGAGGUGAUUCGGGAUGUGAUUUGAAACAACUUUUUCCUUAGCGAAAAUGUUGUCCGAGGCUUUGUUGAGGAGAUAUUAACCGAAAACCCCGACCAAUCAGAUCGCCCGCGGUAACGUAGGCUACGCCCUAAGCGGCAGCUUCGACCAAUCAGAGCGCGAGUAUGCCGGUGGACCGCCUACGGUAGGCGUAGACUACGCGAUAGGCGGCCGCGCUCAUACGCUACCGCGAGCGCUCCAUCGGUAUACACGGGCUCUGAAUGGUCAGUGUUUUCGCUUAAUAUCUCCUUAACGCAACCUCGGACAACAUUUUCGCUAAGGAAAAAGUUGUAUCAAAUCACUUCCCGAACCACCUCUUUCAAGGUGUUACAACAUUUUUGGGACACCCUAUAUUGCCUUACACUGAUACGCUGAUCCGAUCUAUACUGUCCGCGUAUCACGGCGACCAACAGCUCCAUUUACUCUAAGUUGCACAAGACUUUGUACGAUAUAAAUCAUUGAUUUAGAUGUUAGAGAUAUCACCGGUAAUUGGUACGAUAAGAAAAUCACCCACUUCAAAGUCAUAAAAGAUACUUAUCGUUAAUGAAAAUAUCUAACGAGUACCGGUUAUACCUAUCGGUUAGAUUCUUUGGUUAUUCUUUCUUUGAAUAGAACAGCUGCGAAACGACGUUGAACGAUAAGGAAGUUCACAAAAAACUGCCAGAUACAGGCGAUAAGCUCCUAAGUUCUAAUCUUUUUACAUUAAGCGAAUCAACAAUGUUGUAUCAAUUAUUUAUUACGCCGGAUCAUACAAUACAGAAACAUAAGAUGUUGGCCGUUGAAAAGAACCAUCUUCGAUUCGUUUACUCGAUAUACGACGCUAACGCGUACACUUUCUCUCGCAUAUAUCGCGUGUAAAGGAAGUAAAAGAAAAGAAAGGAAAAAAAUAAAAUUAUUUGGUAAAUAAAUUCGUAAUACUUAGUGUACCACCGAAGCGGAAGUGCUGGGAACCUAAAAUCAUCUUACACUUCGCACAAGACUGAGGAGCUUGUACAUAUAUAAUAUACAUUUAACGCAGUACAUUUGAUAUGAACGAAGUUACGGAUUAUCAAUGGAGAUUGAGUUUAUUAUCAUGAUAAGAUAAUUGUAACAGCAUUAAAAAUAAACAAAAAAAAAAAAAGAAACAAUUGUAAGUUGUACAUAACGAAUCAAAGGUAUGCGAUAUGUUACUACCGUUGUCACGGCGUCUCCGUUGCGCGAAGAAACGUUGAAUGUUUUCUAACGUUUUGCGAGGCGUCAACACGUGAAGAAAAAACAGAGAUUUCCUAUUUUUCAGCGACCCCCGCAACAUCGAAACACCCACUCUAUGCGUUGAGUGUGACGUAAACACGCCCGAUCCAGUGGACCAAAAUGAUUCACCGCCUGCAUCUUACGUCUCCCUUUAAAUAAAUGCUCUUCCGUAGCAUUCGAAGUACAGAUUAAGAUUGUAGAAAAUGAGUAGCAGAGAUGGGUAAAAUUUUAAUGUAAACUCAUAUUGCAAAUAACGAAUGAAAGAUAAACAAGCGUUCAUCCGUUACUCUUUUAAGUGAAAAUUCAAAUUUAAAUUACAUAGAAUGAAGUAUUUCACAAUGAAUACUCGUUUAACGCCAUACGUUGGUUUUAUUUGUUGUGAGUUAUUUGAAAAAAAUUUUGCCCAGGUCUGAACAAGUCAAAGUCAGGCUAAUCUUGCGGCUAUAAUAAACGAGAGGCGCUAGAUAAAAUCCUUAACCCCACUAAAUCAUCCAUUCACGUGAUCGCCUAUAAUCCAAGCGAAGGAUAAUGAAAAAAAAAAAAUGAUUGAUCGUUCGACGUUAAUCUUUGCUCGAGGGCCAAACCAUCUUGCACGAAGAACGCAAUGCACGUUUGACACUUAACGGUUUCGUAAACGCAGUUAUCGAAACGUCCGGGAUGUCUGAUCUAAACGGUAGUAAACAAAUUAAUGUGAAUUAUACUGCAAGAGAUCCGCUUAUGAGUUACAUUUACAUUUACAGUCCAGAUAUCCAAUACGAUAAUGUUAAUAGAUUAAGAUGAAUGUCACAAGUAAUGUAAACUGAGAAUAAUGAGAUGAAAUAAACGAGACGAUGAUUCAAAUAUAACAAGGUAUAUUUUCUGGCGUGUCAUGGUUACAUGGUUGUGUACAGUUCAUUUCGGAUCGUAUCUAAUUAUGUUACAUACGCGAUAUCGUGGCACACGUAAAUUCGGUUUUUCCACUCGAGCUUGUAUCUCUCGUUAGUACUCUGCGAUGGCAGUGAUGGGCGAGCCGUGAACUCCCGAAGCUACUUCCAUUUUACUUUAGUCGACUUUUUUGGUCCUAUACUAAUUCAUUAUUUUAUCGCAGGAAUAAAAUACUUUAUAUAUUCGUAAAGAAAUUAAUUUAUCGUCGAUAGAGGCUAGUCACGAUUUUCAUCAAAACUUUCCAUAUUUAAAAUAUACAGCACGAAAGAAAUUUGUGUAAUGUAUUAUAUGCAGCGAAGAUGAUAACAAGUUAUUACUGAAUAUUUGUAGUGAUAAGCUGUAGUCAUUGAAAGGCUUAUUGCAGAGUUCACGUAGUUGACAAAUAUUUUAUUUGAGUAUCUCAGGAAAUAGUGUGCAUUUCAAAACCUCGAUUUAUCAACUGAUAACUACAGCAUAACCUGAUGUCAAGUAUGACGAUGUAUGUUCUUUUUUUACCAUUGUCUUGAAAUCAAUUGUAUUCCUUUAGCAAUGUUUUGGAUACAACAAUGUGCGCGUCUUCUGACGUCAUAAUUGUUCAAUACAUUUAUACUCAAAAAGUGCAUCACAAAGAUAUAAAAUCAGUUAUAAUUUUAGAUUCGAUAGACGGUUUAGAAAUAUCCAGGAAGCAAAGUGGUCAAAAUACACUAUAUUUCAUGAGACA